AUGUCUACUCCACAGCCUCCAACGAUCGAUCCCUCACGCUGGUGUCAACGUAUCGCUUCAAUUACCACAACAUCCAGCGAGCAGUUACGUCUGAACUACAUUGACUGUCAACCGCCAUCCGAUUCGAAAGCGAAGGGGGUAUUACUUCUUAUUCACGGCUUCCCUCAAACAUCAUAUCAAUUUCGUCAUGUCAUUACACCGCUUUCAAACGCCGGCUAUCGUGUCAUUGCGCCUGACUAUCGUGGCGCCGGACAAUCUUCCAAACCCUUGACUGGUUACCAAAAGACGCAGAUGGCAGAAGACCUACACAUCCUAAUCCAGUCCCACUUCGGCAUCAAGGAGAAAAUCCACGUUGUAGGCCACGACAUCGGCGGCAUGAUCGCAUUCGCAUAUGUAUCACGCUACCCCGACGACGUAAGUAGCGUCAUCUGGGGCGAGUGUCCGCUGCCUGGUACGUCAUACUACGAGGAUGUCAAGGGUACUCCCGACGUGUUCCACUUCAUUUUCCACCGAGUACCCGACCUGCCAGAGUUCCUGAUCGCUGGCAAAGAGCGGGAAUAUCUCAAGCACUUCUUCGACAAAAUCUCAUAUAACAGUGCAGCCAUCUCGCCAUCCGAUUUAGAGCAUUAUGCGCUUGCCUACUCGCAACCUGGUGCUAUCAGAGCAGGCCUCGAGGUUUAUCGCGCCUUUGAGAAGGAUGCUGAAGAGAACAGAAACUGGAAGGCUGAGCAUGGAAAGGUCAAACUACCGUCUCUGCUAAUGAACGGAAAGGAGUUCAUGCUUGCAUAG